AGCGUCUAUUAACAUCUCAUCUAAAGCUCUUCGAAACCGGAAACGGCGUUUAGUGGCGCUUCUUUUGGUGAAAUGUAGGUUCACAUCAGUUUUAUAAAAAGGAACUUAAACGUCAACUAACAUAGAUAUUGUCAUUAGCUAUAUUGUGAAUAAAUACCAGAAAUGUCUCUAAGUUCAGUGCAGCCCACGUUGUCGUCUCUAAAGUUGUGCAAAAAUGAUAUUGACGCGUGUAUGGACAUGGUAUCAGACGUUGCGCUUGGAAUAGUAGAAGCUGAAGGAACUGCUGACAACCCGGCUCUGAGGAAUUUGGAGGAGAUGAUGCUGCAAUGUUCAAAACUAGACAAAGAAAUAAAUUGUUUUGUGGGAUCGGUGGAGGACAUUACUGCUCAGGCCAGACACGCACCUCCAGAUGCAAUGUUUAAUCUAAGAGCAUCUGUAAAGGAUCGGUUCACUGAGCUUAUGGCUGAAGUUUCGGAUAGAGACCUGCAAAGGCACAGCAAGGUGAAAGCCUUCAAAGACAGUAUCAAAAAAUACGCAAUGCAAGCUAGUCAAACAACUACUGAGAACACAGAGGAGGAGCUGGAUGAUGACAUUGCUGUAACACAGAGUCAACCAAAUUUCACCUGCUCUCUCACUCAGGAUGUGAUGGUCAAUCCAGUGAAAAACAAGAAAUGCCAGCACUACUAUGACAAAGACGCUAUACUUGAAAUGAUUAAGGCCAGGCACAGAAAUAAAAAGAGAUGUCGCUGUCCUAAGGUUGGCUGUGGAAACGCAGAUGUUCAGGAGUCAGACCUUGAGUUGGACCUUGUAAUGAAGAGAAAGAUCCAGAACCAGAAGAGACAGGGUGGAAAAACAUAAAUUUGUCAAAUGUUUUGAAGCAGUUUGUGUUAUACGUUCAUACAAAUUACAUUAUUUUGGUUGUGUUAUACAUUCAUACAAAUUACAUUAUUUUAGUUGUGUUGUACGUUCAUACAAAUUACAUUAUUUUGGUUGUGUUGUACGUUCAUACAAAUUACAUUAUUUUGGUUGUGUUGUACGUUCAUACAAAUUACAUUAUUUUGGUUGAUGUUAGAAGUAAAACAUUAUUUUGCAGUA